ACAUGAAUACUUGGCAAUUGUUAAUAACAUUAAUGGCCAUUACGGCAGUUUCGGCCAAAUCAGCUGACAAAAACACCCGCAUGGAAGCUAUUGCCUAUGUGACUGGACCCUCGGGAGCUGUUGGCAAUGUUACCUUCAUACAGAAUGCCUGCGGUGAAAAUGUUCAUGUUCGUGUAUAUAUAACUGGAUUGACACCGGGCAAACAUGGUUUCCAUGUUCACGAAAAGGGAGAUUUGUCAAAUGGAUGUGCCAGUUUGGGUGGUCACUUCAAUCCUGAUAAGAUGGAUCAUGGUGGUCCCCGUGACGAAGUACGCCACGUUGGUGACUUGGGCAACAUCGAGGCAAAUGCCAAUGGUGUUGUGGACACCACAUUCACCGAUCACCUAAUCAGUUUGACUGGACCCCGUACCAUUCUCGGCCGCGGAUUGGUUAUUCACGAUAAUGUUGAUGAUUUGGGCAAAACCACACACCCCGACUCCAAGAAAACCGGCAAUGCUGGUGGUCGUGCUGCCUGUGGCGUUAUUGGUGUCAAGUAAAUAUUCGUCAUUUGCCUUUGGUUUAUUUGGUGAUUGCUGCGGUCUCACUGACCGCAUAAUGUCACGACAUUUUU